AUGUCGUCACAAACAGUUCGAGGAGAUGUUUACCCCCAUAUUACACAGAUAGCAGCCAAACAUGUAGGUACCGAGAAGAGCUUCAACUGCUAUGUGCUACCAAAUUUACCUAUGAGCGCAUCAGCAGAGCGAGUGACUAAAAUUAUUGUAACAAAUAGUACAGAUAUGUGCGUAGAUGGUGUUCCUGUGGAAACAAAAACUAUACAAACAGCUCUCAGAGAUUUUCUUAUCUGGCUGAAUCAGUUUCGCUAUGUUUUUCUGAUUGCUCAUAAUGGAAAACGCUUUGACUUCCCAAUCGUUGUAAAUGCCUGUCAAGCUAGUGGAAUGUUUAAUGAGUUUUGUUCAUGUGUGUUAGGAUUGGUAGAGUCUUCACGUGUUUAA